GACGCAACGCCGGAGAUCGGGGACGUAGACGGAAGAAAAGGCGGAGAAGAGGGCGGCGGGAGCGGAGAGUGGGCCGGGGCUGGGGUCGGCGGCCAGGCAGGUGUUUGGAUUUGUGACCACAUCCCAACAUGCUGAGACACAUGCACCGCUCUGGGUUCCAGCCCUUCAACCAACGUCUUCUGCCUUGGGUCCAGUCCAUAGCUGUGCCCAGAUCUCAUCGUGUCCAGCCUUCAGCUGUCAGACAUGUUCGUUCUUGGAGCAACAUCCCCUUCAUCACAGUACCCCUCAGUCGUGCCCAUGGCAAGCCCUUUGCCCACCGAAGUGAGCUGAAGCAUGCCAAGAGAAUCGUAGUGAAACUCGGCAGUGCCGUGGUGACCAGAGGAGAUGAGUGUGGCCUGGCACUUGGGCGCCUGGCGUCUAUUGUUGAACAGGUCUCAGUGCUGCAGAAUCAGGGCCGAGAGAUGAUGCUGGUGACCAGUGGAGCGGUAGCCUUUGGCAAGCAGCGCCUGCGCCAUGAGAUCCUCCUGUCUCAGAGUGUGCGGCAAGCCCUGCACUCGGGGCAGAACCAGCUGAAGGAGAUGGCAAUUCCAGUCCUAGAGGCCCGAGCCUGCGCAGCUGCCGGACAGAGUGGCCUGAUGGCCUUGUACGAGGCCAUGUUUACACAGUACAGCAUCUGCGCCGCCCAGAUUCUGGUGACCAAUUUGGAUUUCCACGAUGAGCAGAAGCGCAGGAAUCUCAACGGCACGCUCCACGAGCUGCUUCGGAUGAACAUCGUCCCCAUCGUGAACACGAAUGACGCUGUUGUCCCCCCAGCUGAGCCCAACAGUGAUCUCCAGGGGGUAAAUGUUAUUAGUGUUAAGGAUAAUGACAGCCUGGCUGCCCGUCUGGCCGUGGAGAUGAAAACUGACCUCUUGAUUGUCCUUUCAGAUGUAGAAGGCCUCUUUGACAGUCCCCCGGGCUCAGAUGAUGCAAAGCUCAUUGACAUAUUCUAUCCGGGAGAUCAGCAGUCUGUGACAUUUGGAACCAAGUCAAGAGUGGGACUGGGGGGCAUGGAAGCCAAGGUGAAAGCUGCGCUCUGGGCUUUGCAAGGUGGAACUUCUGUCGUCAUUGCCAACGGAACCCACCCAAAGGUGUCCGGGCACGUCAUCACAGACAUCGUGGAGGGAAAGAAAGUCGGCACCUUCUUUUCAGAAGUAAAGCCUGCUGGCCCUACAGUGGAGCAGCAGGGGGAGAUGGCUCGAUCUGGAGGGAGGAUGCUGGCCACAUUAGAGCCUGAGCAGAGAUCUGAAAUCAUCCAUCAUCUGGCAGACCUGCUGACAGACCAGCGGGAAGAGAUCCUGUUAGCCAACAAAAAAGACUUGGAGGAGGCAGAAGGAAGACUCGCAGUCCCUCUGCUGAAGCGCCUCAGCCUCUCCACAUCAAAACUGAACAGCUUGGCCAUCGGGCUUCGACAGAUUGCAGCCUCUUCCCAGGACAGCGUGGGCCGUGUCCUGCGCCGGACUCGGGUUGCCAAAAACCUGGAACUAGAGCAAGUAACUGUCCCAAUAGGUGUUUUACUGGUGAUCUUUGAGUCUCGUCCGGACUGUCUACCCCAGGUGGCAGCCUUGGCUAUUGCAAGUGGCAAUGGCUUGUUGCUCAAAGGAGGGAAGGAGGCCACACACAGCAACCGCAUUCUCCACCUCCUGACCCAGGAGGCCCUGUCCAUCCAUGGAGUCAAGGAGGCCAUACAGCUGGUGAAUACCAGAGAAGAAGUUGAGGAUCUCUGCCGCCUUGACAAAAUAAUAGAUCUGAUCAUUCCUCGAGGCUCCUCCCAGCUGGUCAGAGACAUCCAGAAAGCUGCCAAGGGGAUCCCGGUGAUGGGCCACAGCGAAGGCAUCUGCCACAUGUAUGUGGAUUGCGAGGCCAGUGUGGACAAGGUCACCCGACUCGUCAGAGACUCCAAGUGUGAAUAUCCAGCUGCCUGCAAUGCCUUGGAGACUUUGCUCAUCCACCGGGACCUGCUGAGAUCACCCUUAUUUGACCAGAUCAUUGAUAUGCUGAGGGUGGAACAGGUAAAAAUUCACGCAGGCCCCAAGUUUGCCUCCUACCUGACGUUCAGCCCCUCAGAAGUGAAGUCACUCCGAACAGAGUAUGGGGACCUGGAAGUGUGCAUCGAAGUGGUGGACAGCACCCAGGAAGCCAUUGAUCACAUCCAUAAGUACGGCAGCUCCCACACAGAUGUCAUCGUCACGGAGAACGAGAAAACAGCCGAGUUCUUCCUCCAGCACGUGGACAGCGCCUGUGUGUUCUGGAAUGCCAGUACUCGCUUCUCUGAUGGCUACCGCUUUGGACUGGGAGCUGAAGUAGGAAUCAGUACAUCACGAAUCCACGCCCGGGGACCGGUAGGCCUUGAGGGACUGCUGACUACGAAGUGGCUGCUCCGAGGGCAAGACCACGUGGUCUCAGACUUCUCAGAGCACGGCAGCCUAAAGUAUCUCCAUGAGAACCUCCCUGUUCCCCAGAGAAAUUUCAGCUGAGAGAAACCAGUCAGGACUGUGCUGUGCAGCCUGGCACAGUUAGGCUACUCGGGAAUCUCCAGAGAGAACCUGUUCUUGUCCCCUGCUCCUUGGAAGGGUCUGCCUUCCCAGCAGUUCACCUGUGCUUCUGGCUCAGCUCAGCACUUCCAUCUUAGCUAUUGUCCACACUCCAUUCCAGCCUUCUUGUGUGUCUGUCUUUGCUAGGAAAAGGCCCUACCUCCAGGCUGUCCCCCUAGCCCCAGUCCAGUCUUGGGAUGAGAAUCUUUGUUGCAAAAGGAGGCUUGGCUUCUCCCAGUCCAUUCCUUCUCAGAGGUAGAAACUAAGGGACGCCAUCUCACAUCAAUGACAAGGGAAAGUUCUGGGCACUUGUAUCACCUCAGCGAGGUAAAAUCUCUUGGUGUUUGACUGAGACCAGCCCUGCCAUCCUCAGCCCUGUCACUUCCACGUGUAAUUUCAUUUCUUUUAUACACACUCAUCUUCAGAAAAGGAAACUGCGAAUUCUUGAGGGGCAACUUGUUAAAACCUUUAACAUUUUCAUGAGAAACGGUAACUAAAGUGGACUAACCUAUACCCACUGGGAAGACUGGCCUUUGUGUCUGUGAAGUUGCAUCCCAGACAUCUUCAGUCUGUCCCUGGCCAGGGGACACUUGGUACCAUUGAUGUAGCUGGAAUCUGGGCAUCACGCUGGAGGGAUGAAUUUCAGGAUGUUCCUACAAGUGGAAGAUCUACAGUUAUGCUUGACCUUUUUAUAUGAAUUAUUUUGUCAUCCUAUUCUUGACCUCCAGAACAAAGACUAGAGGAUUAUUUUAAUACUUUGGAUUCUUUCCCCCUUUUUGAGAAAUAAAGUUCUUACAAAAGCCCA